UUUAAAUAGCACUCAUUGUAUAUGUUAUAAUUUGUGGUCAUUUACUUGUGGUAUAAUUUACGCACACAACCUAGUUUAAGGUCUUUCUUGUGGAAUCAUUAUUAUCAGUAUGAACAAAAGUAGCCAAAUUUCUUCUGCUUAUCUAUGAAAGGCGCAUAUAUUCAAAUGUUGUGUACUUUGCUAACGAACAGAAAGGAAAGUAGUUUAAAACGACACCAACAUACAUUCGCCUAUCGUUGAAUGUUUUUAUUUGAAUUUUGAACUCAUUGAUUCAAGUACUAUUUGGAAAAAAAAUUGGAAUUGUUUCGUUAGUUUUGAUUUUAGUUUUGAUCAUUUUCAAAGAUGUUCCGUAUUCUAAAACAACAAAAAUUUUUCAACGUACGCUCAUUGUCAACGAGCAGAUACCGUAAUACAAACAACUAUGACGGACCGUGUAUUGAAGAAGUGAAAUUGUUGCAAAAACAUCACGUAGCACCAUGUCAUAAACCGAUCUAUAAGCAACCCAUUUUGAUACACAGAGGACACAUGCAAUAUUUAUACGAUGCAAAUGGCAAAGAGUAUUUGGAUUGUUACGGAGGCAUAGUUACAGUUUCCGUUGGACAUUGCCAUCCUUAUGUUGUUGAAGCCGUCGAAAGACAACUACGGAAAAUAUGGCAUACAACAGUUAUUUACAUGAAUCCAUCGCUGAACAUCUAUUCUCAAAAACUUACGAGCAAAUUACCGGGUGACUUGAAAGUUGCCUAUUUGGUCAAUUCUGGCUCUGAAGCAAAUGACCUGGCAUUGCUUUUGGCCCGUUUAUAUACAGGCAACUAUGAAAUGUUAUCGAUACAAAACUGUUACCAUGGAAUGUCAUUAGGAACAAUGGGCUUGACAUCGAGUUCAAACUGGAGAUUUCCCAUUCCUUCAGUGAAUCAUGGCAUUCAUCAUGUGAAAAAUCCAAAUCCCUACAACGGUAGAUGGGGAGGUGCGGCAUGUCGAACGUCUCCUGUUCAAACUGAUCGAGAAUGCGAAUGCUUCGAUGGGAAGUGCAAAGCUACAUCAAACUACAUCGAAGAACUCGAAGAUGUAUUCAAAUACUCGAUUCCAAAGGAAAAAUGCGCUGGGAUGAUCGCUGAGUCCAUACAGGGCGUGGGAGGGACUGUACAAUUCACAAAAGGAUACCUAAAGGAAGCUGCAACACUCGUUCGUCUCAACAAUGGCUUGUUUAUUUCGGACGAGGUUCAAACUGGCUUUGGUCGAACCGGAGAUCACUUUUGGGGCUUCGAGUCCCAAGACUUUGUACCUGACAUUGUAACAAUGGCGAAGGGAAUCGGUAACGGUUUUCCAUUAGCGGCCGUUGUUACUACACCAAAAAUUGCGCAAUGCUUAACUCAAUCAAGCCAUUUUAACACUUUUGGUGGAAAUCCAUUGGCUUGCGCUGCUGGUUUGGCCGUGUUGGAAGUUAUCGAAAAAGAAGGUUUACAACAGAAUUCAAAAGAUGUGGGAACGUACUUUUUGAAAUCUCUAAAUCAAUUACGGGAUAUACAUGAAGUGGUCGGAGAUGUACGAGGACAGAUCAUAAAAUUACUGUCACCCUUUCAACGUUCACAGGGUCUAAUGAUUGGCGUGGAGUUUGUUGAAUCGAAAGAAACACGCGUACCCUUAUCAAAAAAUCAGUUUGAACAAAUUUGGAACUGCACAAAGGACUAUGGGGUUCUCUUCGGUUGUGGUGGAUACUAUGGAAAUGUUAUGCGAAUAAAACCACCGAUGUGCAUUACCAAGAAGAAUGUAGACUUUGCUAUAGAAGCAAUGCACUGUGCAAUCAAAUCUAUCAAACAAUAGUUUUUGUUACAAAAUAAUUAAAUAUACAUCUUAAAAUAUUUUGGUUUUCUAUUUUAAACACGUAACAAAGAUGUUUAUUUAUCAAUUGUUACUAUACGAUCAAUAAAAUAAACUUUUUAAUUUAACGGUGCACACAAA